AUGGACAGAAGUGCAUUUCAGCUUUCGGACAGUAGUACUAAUCGAUUUGACAAACGGCGAUCAGACAGCAAUCCACCGAAUACACAUUUCGCCCAUGAUGUAGGUACAACACUAAUGCGCGUUUUGUUAGAUGUGCACCCAUGGAUACACUGUGGUCCCGAAGGCAUGGUUAUAAAGCCCAUUCUAGAAAUUCGACACCGUACGCCUUCGUUACAUGUGAACUCGUCCACAGAGUCGGGAAUCCCUCCAGAUCUGCUUGACUGGGCCACUGCUCAAUACAUCCGUCAGAUCGCUGAAGGAAUGGGACCACCGGCGAGAAUUUUGUGUUACAAACGACCAGAGGUACUUCUUUAUAUGGAAUAUCUGGCGCGCAUAUUUCUCGACUCUCAAUUUGUGGUUAUGCUGAGAGAUGGGCGAGCCGUCGCAGUUUCUAAUGAGAGAUGGGGUUCGCACACGCUUCCAUACUUGUACGACACUCUGCAUAGAUGGAUGAGGGAAAAUCUUCAAAUAAUUAGCGCUUGCCAACGAGUCGGGCCAAAACGAUGCAUUAUUAUUCGAUACGAAUUGCUUGUGCUCAAUCCAGAACGAGAACUAAGGGCACUAACU